UUGUGAUUCGGCUUAAUGGAACAACAAUUCAAUAAAACAAAACAUUGGAUGCGUUAGGUUGGUGUGACAUUUUCACAAUCGCUGGCAUCAGUUACAUGCAAAUCGCCCCUUCUGCAACUUGGAAGUUGCCUCAUUUGGUGCACAUCGCAUCUCCCUCCACUCAGCGCCUUGGGAUUUCUUGUGCGCUGCAGCCUGUACUGGGCGCUACUUCCAUUGCUGUUGUGGGUCGAUUCAAUCGAAAAUUUAAAGUUGCUGGGGCAAGGCAAUCGCACCCCGUUCAGAUGAGCAGCACUUGUGAAACUUCGAGCGCAGGGGAACUGUUUUUGUAUGACCAAAAUUUGGGUUAUGCCGCUUUCGAAGCUGGUGAUCCUGGUGAUCGGCUAGGCUCGAAAGCGCUGGUUUGUGUUGGAGGUUUGACGGAUGGGCUGUUAAGUUUGAGGUAUUUGCCCAAUUUGGCCAAGGCACUGAAAACGCUGGGGUGGCGAACUUUCCAACCGGUGUUGCAGAGCAGCUAUCGGGGUUGGGGGUUUGGAAGCCUUCAAGAUGAUGCUGAGGGACUUGAUAAACUUUUGUCCUUUUUGGAAACGAACCGUGGCAUUUCAAAAGUGGUGGUGCUAGGUUCUUCCACAGGCUGCCAGGAUGCAGUACAUUUCUUGAAGGUUGGGAUGAAAAAAUCUCUGGUGCACGGAAUCGUUUUACAAGCGCCUGUGAGCGAUCGUGAAGCGCUCUUGGCCGAACAGCGUAGUGAGGACGAACUUACACAGUUGGAACGGUUUAAACAAGUGGCAUCUCAAAUGAUUUCUGAGGGCAAAGGAUCAGAAGUGCUUCCCAGGAGCGCAUGUCAGCUCUUUGGACCACCUGACGUCAUCACUGCCUACCGUUUCGAUUCACUGACUCGGCGGAUGGCCGACGACGACAUGUUCUCCUCCGAUUUGACGGAAUCAGAGCUGAGGGAGAAACUCGGACAUGUGAACGUGCCUUGCUUGCUGGCCAUUUCUGCAGAUGAUGAGUACGUGCCACCUUUUGUUGAUUCCACUGCCUUGUGUCACCGCAUGGCCAAUGCAAUGGCUGCCUUUCCAGCCAACUUGACCAGGUCAGUGAUUUUGCCCAAUGGCGGCCAUGGGGUUCGCAGCCCUGAAGGUCAGGCGCAGUUCAUCAAUGCAGUUACUGACUUCGUUUCGGACUUGGACCAGAAACUGCUGCGGCGCCUGGAUUGGGAGACUGCCCUGGCUGCAGAUCUCCAAGACCGCGCUGCUGCGUGUGGUCGCCCCUUGCUGGUGGCGCUGGCUGGCAUGCCGGGUGCAGGGAAGUCGACCACUUCGGGGGUUCUGAGGCGUUUGUUACAUCCGAAGUGUUUCGUGGUUCCCUUGGAUGGUUUCCAUGUGCCCCUGCAGUCGUUGAGGUCGAGGCCGGAUGCGGAUGAUGCUGUCUAUCGCCGAGGGGCUGCUGAUACUUUUGACCCUGAGGGACUUUGUGAGAAAUUGCGGCAAGUGGUUGAGGGCCAGGAACCCAAAGUGUGGUUUCCCGAUUUCGACCAUGCCGUUGGUGAUCCCGUGGACGAUACGCUGUGCUUCGAACGGAGCCUGCAUCGGAUUGUGCUGGUGGAGGGGCUCUACCUCUUGCGGCAGCAGGAUGGGUGGGGGUCACUAGCGGAUUUUUUUGACUACAAGAUCUAUCUGGAGGCAGACUUGGAGGAGUGCAUUGCGCGGGUCAAGGAGCGCAACAAAGCCAUUCCAGGCUACACUCCCGAAGAAAUCGAUCGGCGCUGUGAUGAGGUGGACAGAGCAAAUGCGAAGGUGGUUCAGGAGUCGGUGAAUCAGGCUGACUUAAUUGUACAAACUGACCUGGACAAAGCAUCCAGAUAGGUUGAAGGACAGUUACUGAUGAGAAA